CUGUCAUUUCAAUUUCAUUUGCACGAGAUCGUUGAUUAAAAAUGAAUGUGUAUUGUAAUGUAUACCUAUGCAGGUAUGUGUAAAAUUGUGGAAUAUUAUUAGUGUUAUUUUUAUGUACACAGCUCGAUCUGGUUAGAAUUUACUACGAAUUAUCGAGAAGCACUUCAUCUUCAUACGCAAAUAGAGACUGAUCGAUUGUUGCUGCUUACCAGUAAACCAGUUGGUUCGAAUUGAUAUCAAACGCCUGGCCAAAAAUGACUGAAGUGAUACCACCUGACAUGUACGAUGCUAUUCAAUCGUCUCCAGUAUCACUGCAAGAAUUAUCAGCGGUCGCUAUUACUCUCGAAAUAUGGCACUGUGAAAGGCAUAAAUUUCGUAAAAGUCCUACAAAAUUUCGUCCAUAUCGUGAAUAUCUCUCAUUGGAAACUAUACUUCCUCGUUUACCAGUCGUGAUUUAUAACGUGAUCGAAGAAUACGUGAUGAGAUUUGGACUUUCAAUGGACGAUUGGUUAGCAAGUCACCUGUCCAGAGUAUUUCGUUCUCGUUACAGACAUCAGAAUUGUAUUUUGGAGGAUUUCGAUGACUUUGUAUGCAAUUACAAUGGCACAAUUCAUUACGUUAGAACAGCCCAACGCAUGAUGGGUUGUGAUCGAUUUACUGUGAAUGAUAAGUUUAGCAUAGCUUGUACAUAUUUCUUCGAACAUGAUAUCGACGAACUUUGGCCUUCCGUAUCGAAAAAUAUGAACCUUGAUAAUAUUAAUUUUUCCAUGUGUCCGCAAUUGUAUUACUGGAUUUGUCGUCUCAAUAAUGGCUUGCAAGGUAUACGACCUAUAGCAAGGAACGUUUCUAUUGAUGAACAAAUGUUUGGCCAUUGCAUGUUAUUUUAUAAUGGACCUUCAGUUGAAUAUUUUUGGUAUCGUAACUAUGCCCUACCAAUACCGAUUUCGUAUCGCUGUUCAUCUCUAUAAACGUAAUAAGGAGUCCUUCGUGAGAUUCAUUUUACCUAAAUUGGACAUUCAACAACUCAACAGAUUUGUCAAUAGCAAAGGCAAUAAGUUGAUGCGAGAUCUGUUAAAGGAUCGUUAUUUCGACGAAAGAUUCGUUCUGCAGACUUGGAUGCACAUGAAACACGCAAUGAGCCGAGUUAAUUUCGCGGUAAUGGUCACACGAAUGUUGGAAACUGAAAGUCGCCUUCAAUCGACGAACGAGAAUCGCAAACUCGAGAGUUUUUUAUGCCUCUGUUGUGAAAUAUGGGACGGUCAAUCGUAUAAUUUUCGACGAUUAAUCAUCACAUGUAUUUUAUCGAAUUCGAAGUUUUUUAUUUACAAUCGCUGUAAUACUGGUCAUCGUACGUCUUCGAAAUUCCUGUUAUUCAUUCUUUCAUCCGCAUCUUUCGAGGCGAGACGCUUAUUUUGGCAACGCUGGUGGUCUCAUUUAAUCGGUAGCAAAGAUAUCCAAGAUUUAGAUCAACUGAUGAAAAUAUGUUUCCGAAACCAAGAUGAAAUCACUCUAUUCAAGGAGAACAUUAUUGCUAAAAGCGAAACUUUAUACGAUUUGUGUAUCUCGCUAUUACACGGCCCUUAUUGGGACAAAUUGAACAAUCUGGUGGAUUUUUGUUGCCCUGAUAUGGAAACAGCGAGGCAUUUCAAACAGCAAUUAUUACGAGUGAAUUUGCUCAGCGAGAAUACUCGUUUUUGGUACGCUUAUAUCGGUAAAACUGAAGAAUUCAAUGACUUCGUCAAUGAUGCUUUCAACAACGCCGAUUUUGCCGCCGAAUUUAAAAAUCAACUGAUGUCGUCUCCGGUAAUUCAAUACCGUUUAUCACGCUCGGUUCGCUCGUCCAUUGCUUUAUCUAUAAAUCUUAUUAAAUUUAUUGAAACGUUCGUUUCGAAUGAAGAAAUCAUGCGGCAGAUAAAAACGUGUAUAAUUGGUCAUUUGAAAGAGGAUGCUAUUGCGAAUUCGUCUACUGUUAAGAAUGAGUAUGUGAAACCGCCCUUCGUCAAGUUUUUGUUGUGGUGCUUCGGAAGUGAGGAGGAAGUUACCAAAUUCAAGCAGGUUUAUAUCCUGCCUUUCAUCAGAUGAAUUUUGAUUUCCUAUUCAGUAUUCUGGUUGAAAGUUAGAUACCUAUUUGCAUAAUAUCUAGGUAUCUGUUUCGAAUAUUUCAUUACCUAUUGUUUUUUUUAGCAAGUGUGUAUGUACCUACCUAUAGGUAUGUAUUCUUUAUGAUCGACCCUCGUGGGCUUGAUUAAUGACGAAGUACAGCGAUUCGCGCAUUUUUCGAUAAUUUUCUUGCAAACGAGAAAUUUUAGAUUUUUGGAUAUUUUUAUUUUGAAAAAAAAACUGGUCAAAAAACCACUCUUGAGGUGUCCCCUCCAAAAUCGGCUCAAAUGUCAAUAAAUUCGUUAAACAGGUCGAGUAUAACACACAACUGGAUUUUUAGCUGCCCAACAUCAUAUUAACGCCUUCUGGAGCAAAUUAAAAAUGCUGGAGAAAUUAAAAAGUGCAGGAGGCUCCAGAAUGGCUGGAAAUGGUGAAAUUUGGAUUUGGGGGGGGGGGUUAAUAUCAGUCUUAGGACUUAUUUUGAACAUUUUUACUGAUCAAGUACGUACUUUAAAAAAAAAAUCAUAAAUCACCAAAAUAGUCGAUUUUGGAUUUUCAAAAAUUCGCCAAAAAUCGAAAAAUGAACUUGGGCAGCUGAAAAUUUGGAUUUGGGGGUUUUAGAACAUGCUCUUUCCUAAAAUCGCGGUCCUGUUCAAAUCGGAGGCGGACACCUCAAGAGGUUCCCUUGUAAGUUGUAAAAUAUAAAGAAAUAUUUCAUUUUCAGAAUGUGAUAUUCUUAUUUAGUUACUUUUAUUGAAUCAGUCUGUGGUAUUUUGUUCCAUUAGGUAGGUAGAGGUACCUAUGUAUUUCGUAUCUUUAUUUCAUAAGUUAAAAUUAUUUCAGUUUUUUGUGUAUGUGUAAUUGUGUAAUUAAAUUUAUAGGUAUAGGUGUCUACUUAUUUUGUUUUGUUUUAUUUUCUGUUUUACACAUGAAGUAAAAGUGAUUUGUUA